AUGGAUGAAAGUGGGUUGCUUCUUGGCGAUGAUGGCUCGGUCUACUCUUCCGCGUCAUCUACUGCGCCGCCAGCCACUCAUCUCACUUCUUCACCAUGUCAUACUAGAUCACCUCCGCCUGAGUCCUCACUCUUCCCUCGUCACAUCUCACUCAGUAUGGAAACAACCGCAGAAUUUCCACAAUCCUUUGUUCGACCAUGGAAAGAACUACUUCAAUCGCAUCGCGACGAGCAACAGGAUGACUUCCCGAGCUACUACGUCAACAACGUAGACUCUCUCAUCACGACCAGCUCGCCCAAGUCCUUAUACGUAGGAACAGGCCACUCCAUCUAUACGCGCGCUCUACUUCCAGCUAUUCUGAGCGCAAAACAUAGCGUACAGCUUAUUACGUGCUACUGGGCUGCGUCUCCAUCUCUGGACGCCAUUCGCGAUACCCUUGAGCAACUUGCGACAACGCGUAUCGAGGCCAAGGUGCAGACUCGUCUAAAAAUCACAAUUGGCUUCUCGUCUUUUGGACUAUUUCAGAAGCUGUUCCAUCCUGCGUCUCGUAAUGGGUACAUCUAUGAGCCCUCGAAGUGGUCCAAGCUGGGCCUUCCGGAUCAACUGGUGCUGCAGGAUGCAGGUAUCGAUCUCACCGUCAAGAGCAUCUUCUUCACGCCCUUGAGUGUCAUGCACCCCAAGUUUGUCAUUGUUGACGGGAAAAGGGCCUGGAUUCCGAGCUGUAACGUCAGCUGGGAACGGUGGUUUGAAGGCUGUGUCGAGGUUGAGGGAGCUAUUGUUGAUCGACUCUUGGCCUUUUACGACCGUGUCUGGGCCCAAGACAGUGAACCUCGACAACUAUCAGACACCCCAAACGAUAACAAUGAUGGCAAUUCACCUCGGUUACCAGACAGCAACGCAGCGUCGGCAACUCAGUCAAUCGAGUUCCCUGCCAACGGCCUAGUGCCAACUAUCUUCCUCCCGUCGCCGCAUCAUCGCAACCCCAGAUUCUCCUUUCCCUUUCUAUCGCAGAAAAACCCGCCGAUGACCCCUCUCAAUGCAGCUCUACUUACGCUAUUUGCCAGCGCUCAGCGACGAAUCACCAUCCUCACACCAAACGUUACCUCGUGGCCUGUUGUCGAGAGUCUGCUAGAUGCGCUCGCUCGUGGAGUCGAUGUUCAGAUCAGGACAAGCAAAGGCAUGAUGCUUGUCGAGCAGCUGGUUACCUCUGGCACGACGACAGCCUGGUGUCUGCGCAACUCGAUGCCAGGCGUGAUAAAGACGACGAACCGGUCGUGA